CCUGGCCUCCCUGGCCUCCCUGGCCUCCCUGGCCUCCCUGGCCCCGGCCCUGUCCGGUCCUGCGUGUCCGGCGGUGUGUCUGUGCGGGGUCCGCGGCGGCAGAUGUGGCGGCCGGGGCCCCGGGCCCCUCGGGGCGCGGCGGCCGGAGAGGCUGCCGAGGAUCGGGGGGAGCCCGGGCCCGGGGGGUGUCCGGGGGGUCCCGGCGGGGAGCGCUGCGGGGGGGACGCCCAGGCCUGGACGAGGCGGCUCCGACCCCUGGGGGGCUUCAUCGGGGCCAACCUGCUGUUCUGGUUCCUUGCGCUGACACCCUGGAGAGUGUAUCAUCUGGUUUCUCUCAUGGUUCUUGGAUGUGUAAUUGUACAGCUAUUCAAGGAUAUGAUCCUGUCUAGGCUAAGAGGCGCACAACUCUGGAGGAGCCUCAGUGCAAGCUGGGAAGUGAUCAAUUCCAAACCGGAUGACAGAUCCAGAUUCAGCCAGUGUAUUGCCGAAUCAUGGACGAACUUCAGUGUGUUCCUUCAAGAAAUGUCACUCUUUAAGCAGCAGAGCCCCGGCAAGUUCUGCCUUCUGGUCUGCAGUGUGUGCACAUUUCUUACAAUCUUAGGAAGUUACGUUCCUGGAGUUGUGCUUUCCUACCUUAUACUGCUCUGUGCUUUUCUGGGUCCGCUGCUCAAGUGUAAUGAAUUUGGUCAGAAAGUAUACAGCAAAAUCAAGUCAGUUCUGCUGAAACUGGACUUUGGAAUUGGGGAAUAUAUCAACCAAAAGAGGCGGGAACGAGCAGAGGUGGAAAAAGACAAACAUCACAAAGAUGACAGUGAAUUAGACUUGUCGGCUCUUUGUCCUCAGGUUAGCUCUUCAGCUGUUGCCAAAGAGCUGUCAGUAUCAGACACAGAUGUAUCUGAGGUGUCUUGGACAGAAAAUGGGACCUUCAAUCUAUCAGGAGGAUACACUCCUCAAACGGACACUUCGGAUGAUCUCGACCGGCCCAGCGAGCGCGAGGAGGCUUUCUCCCGUGACCUCUCAGAGUUUCCGUCUCUAGAAAACGGCACGGGCACCAACGACGAAGACGAGCUGAGCCUCGGCUUGCCCGCCCAGUACAAGAGGAAAAAGGAACAAAUGGACGACGGUCCCAGGCCGAGCAAGGAGAGGCGAUCGGCGGCUGGCCUCUCCCUCCCUCUCGACAGUGACCAAACCCUCCAGUUGAUGAGCAACCUCGCUGGCCAAGUCAUCACAGCCGCCAUGACUGCUGCCGUCAAAGACCAGCUGCAGGGCGCCCUGGGGCAGGCCCAGCCGCCCCCACCCGCGCCCAGCGCCGGGGAGGACACGGACACGGAAGAUGGCGAUGACUUUGAACUGCUUGACCAGUCCGAGCUCGAUCAGAUCGAGACCGACCUGGGACUCGCGCAAGAUCGCGAAGCGGAGCUGCAGCAGAAGAAGAAACCUUCCGGCUUCCUUUCAAAUCUGUUGGGAGGCCACUAACCUGGGAACCAGAGGUUGCAAGCAGCCGAGCAGAAAUAAACCACAGAAAAAUUCAAACUCGCAAAAAGAAAUUACAUGAGCUGUGAGCUUUAACUCUUACUUUUAGAUUUGUUGUCCUAUUUUCCCUUCCGCAGAGUGAAUUAACUGGAUAUACGCAUAUAUAUCAGCUGACACUCGUAGUUUGUUGUUUCUGAUAGUUACUCCUUGAUGUAGAAGCAUGGAAAUGAAUUAUAUAUGCACUGUGUUGUCACAGGUGAAUGUCGAAAGGUUGUUUGUUUAAAACAAUGCCAAAUUUUAGAGUUUUGAGGUCCUCGGCCAAAAAAUCUCCAACUCGGUUUUGUUUUUAUACGAUGUGUUUUUGAGACACGAGAAGCAGCUCAUUUGAACCCUGCGGGGAGGAAAAGCCAAGUGUGGCAAACAUAUUUCUCAUUUGCCCCUCCUAUUGCAAAGACCUCAAGAAAAUCUAAACGUGUUCUCGAUGUCCAAGGAUCCUUGGACCAGAGAACUUUAUUUUCAGGAUUUGGCAUGAUCUAAAGUAGCAAAUAAAAAUCACCAAAUGUUUAAGAACACCCUAGUAUUACUUCUCUAGCAGAGAAGUAACAUUUCCAAGGUUUUACAAGAGUUAUAGAGUGUGAGGUUAUGGUUGGUACUCUCCUAGAUGCCAUGUCAAUCAAUCAAUCAGUCGCAUUUAUUGAGGUCUCAGUAUGUGCAAAACACUUUACUGAGCAGUUGGGAGAGUACAAUAUAAUAGAGUUGGUAGGCACAUUCGGUGCCCACAUCGAGCUUACGGUCUAGAGGGGGGCAGUCUAGACCCACAUAGGCUCUUGCCCUCAUUGACACUAAAUCCAUUUUCGACAAGGCAAAACAAAUAAUACCCACUACCAUCUAGGACUGUGAUAGAAACGACAAAUCGACAAAGACUUGGGUCCCCAGGGUUUUCCCGGUUUUGGGAUGGGAAAUUAGGAAAUACUGAUGGGAAGCAGGGGAAGCAUCCUCCUUGCCUAGGUUUGCAUCGGCCAUUGAAUUCAUCUCCUCUGUUGGUCUGUGAGACAGCGAACGUGUAAAACAGUGAGCAAGUAUGUGGAGAACUGCCCCGUUGAUUAGUGAGGUGAUCGACAGCUGCAGUAACAACGUACGUCCUUGGAACCCCAGACUGGGCAGGUAGUAAUAGAGGAACUAAGGAACUAACCUAGUUUCAAAACACACGUAGUUGCCAUUUGAAACCACAUACGUAGGUUGUUAAUGCACUUGGGGUCUGAAAUAGGUUAACGUAUUAAAAGUUUAAAUAUGAGUAUACAAGUUAAAAAAAACCACAGGCAUGAGAGGAAGAAAUAAAAAUACUUCUGUUCAAAUGUAUGAUUUCUAGUGGAAUUGAGGGCUCAUAUCAGCUGUUACCAAGAAUCUUAAAUAAGCCUCCUGGCUUACCUGGCAUUUCUUCAGGUGAAUACGAAUAUUUAGGUCCCUCCGUAAGGAUCGGACCUUCUUUAGGGAUGGCUUUUUCCCUCCGUCUCCGACAAUCCAAACCUUUCUCUCUGCCCCCCCUCCCUGUUUUCCCAAAGAAUAAUGAUGGAAACACUCACGUUUUAGGGUAACACUCUUUAUUUAUUUAUUCUUUCUUUAUGAGGUAUUUAAAAACUAGAUGGAAUUGCCAAAUGAGGUAAGGGGAGCAACUAACUGAAGGCUCGUCACCUGCUUUUUGUGGUUGCUAGUGCUUUUGUGACCAUUGUACCUAGUGACUGUGUUUGCUGUCUUUUACUGGUAAGCCUGUGCCUUCAUGAUCUCACCUUUUCUGAAACAUAUCCAUGCUGGCAUUCAGGCCCACUCGGUGUACUGUUUUGGACUACGACGGAAUUCCAUUUAGCUCAAGUUUCUGGACGGGAAGAGAUAUCACAUAUUCAGACAACAGUAGCUACCGGGUUUCUUUCUUUUUAUUUUUUUAACCCCUUGUACCUCAAAGUGUUAUUUCUCAAAAAAUCUAUUGUCCAGGGAAUCAAAGUUGCUUAAGGAGAAAAAAUCUGACUCUUUUGGUGUACAUGUAAGGUAAACAAAAUUGCCCUUGUCACGAGUACACAUUUUUAGUCCCUGAACAUGUUUCUAAAAUCAGUUGACUUUCCACUGUGGUUUGAACAAUUACACUAAAGGAAGUUAAACAUUCUAAAAUGUAAACUAAUUGGGGGAAAGGUGUUAUCUGGACUGCAAGGAGAAAAAAAAACACCCAAUUUUCUAUUAAACAUGGCAUUGUAAUAAAUCGUGCACUUUAAUGCUGUUUGCUCAAGCAUACAUUCUGGAAACAAUUAUCACAUUAAGAAAGGACAAAGAGUCAGAGGAGUUGCUAGGGCUUUUGGUAAAUAAUCCUGUUUCUGUUUUCACACGAUUCUACCUAACAAUUUGAUCACUUAUUCCGGUGUCAGGGAGUCCCAUUACAUGAUAUGCUGUAUAAAAAUCUAAUUAGCCCCUGAGCCAACAAAACCCUUGCCUUAUCAGGAGAAUUACGUGUAAAAUACUGUGAACCUACCCUUGUAAUCACUUCUCUUUGGAAUAUCCUUUUCAAAACAAUUUCAGGAUUGCUGGCGAAAUGAAAGUGGAUUUCAAGGAUUUUAAAGCCUUCUUUGGGCUCCUGCUAAAUUCUUGAGGAUCAAGAUUUGUAUAACAAUUGAACAGCUCAUAAUUUGGGGGAGAACCAACUUCAUAAACAGUUGCAAAGGGAAAACGGCAACGCAAACAAAAGUGAGAAAGGUGCUUUUGGGAUAUGCAAUAUGAAAUUGAACACUUUUUUUUCCUUCUAAAAGGCCUUUUCUUGUCCACUCUUACCCCACCUCUGUGAUUACUUACAAUUGAGGUAUUUUUUCAAGGACCGUGCUAAUAUAUUUACUGUUGUUUUCACGGGUGUGGAUAGGCUUUGCUAAAUUUUCAGACCAGAUUCUUCUUGCUUGGAGUUCAUUUAUCGUGUUUUCACAGAAUAUCAGAAAGCUAGAUUGGGAAUGGCCUCCAAAAGCCUUCCGUGCUAUCUCCGUUUCUCAACCAAUUGUCUGUUAAUGAAACCUCCUGAACGAUAUACCCGAAUAUCUGUCCAUAAUUGUGUUCAUGUGAAAACCUGAUAAUCAUCUGUUAGGCACAGUUUAUCCACAUAACCAGAAACUAGGACGUUGCAAAAUGUCUUUAAAAUGUUUAUCAAAAAUACUUUUGCAGCACUUUACCUAACAUGAGUAACGUUUUAUAAACCUGGAAUAACUGAGAGCAACUGUUUGUAAAAUCAUUUAAUAAAUGUAUAUGUUAGUUUUUAUCUUUCAUUA